ACGGAAGAGCACUUCUGCCAUGCAACCGUUGACGUCUUUUUGGACGUCGUUCAUUGAUAAGAUACUCUACACUUUCAGUAACAUUGAGCCUGAGAAAUUGUGUGGAAUAUUCACAAACAUUUUUGGCUUUAUUACGCGUUUCAGGCAACAAUGAAACCGUCCUUGGACUCAGACGAGGAGGAGGAAUUAGGAGCAUUACAGAAGACAUUGAGAGAGCGUGCCAACCGCAGUAUCCAGCACCUCUCCAGCAUGUUGGCCAGCCACAGCUCUGACUCUGAGUCUUCAGAACCAAAGCAACAGCAGGAGAUGCUCAGUCCUCUGCUGCAAAACCCCUGUAUGCCAGUUCAACAGAGUGAAGCAGUCAAUCAGCUGCGUUCCUUGCUGCAAAAGCAGUCCAAAGAUGCAAAUGUUCAAUCACCAUCUCCUUCUAAGAGGAAAUUGGCAGGAAAGCAAAGAGUCACAGAUGAGGGCAGUAGCAGUCUGCCUGGUGUUCACGACUUGGUUCCCAUCAUCCACAAUCAAUCUGAGUACAUUCAGCAUCUGGAGGCUGAGGUCAAGUUCUGCAAGGAUGAACUCCUUGGAAUGAAACAGAGAGUGAGAGUGGUAAUCGUGGAGAAUGAGAAGCUACAUGAGGAGCUUAAAGGAAAGGCGGUUGAAGACACUCUUAAAGAAUACACAUUUGUAGACAGCACGUUAAACAUGGAACACACACCAGAAAAGACUUCAAAGCAAAGACUUGGCUCCAUUAAUCAAGCUGAGGACCACAAGUGGAAGAAAGAAAUGGAGCAGCUGAAGUGUCUCUAUCAAGCACAAACUGAGACCCUGGAGGCUCAAGUGGUCUCCCUGAAGAAAGACUUGGCGAGCAUUCAGAAGGAAUAUGAGGAAACGAAAGAACGACUGAGGCACAAAGAAGCGAUGGCUGUGGCGGCGGGCAGCGGUCAGCGUGUGGGUGGUCUGUGUCUGAAGUGUGCCCAGCAUGAAGCGGUCCUGGCAGAGACGCACUCCAAUGUCCAUGUACAGAGCAUUGAAAGACUCACUAAAGAGCGGGAUGAGCUGAUGACCGUGCUCUGCUCUCUAAGGGCCAGUCAGACUGAGGCCCAGCAGAGGGAGUGGGCAGCCUAUCAGCAGGUCAAACAUGCAGUGGAGAUGGCAGAAGAGGCAAACCUGGAGAAGACAAAAGCUCUGGUGCAGUGUGAGCACUUCCACAAUGAGCUGACUAGACAGCGGGAGAGACUGGAGAGAGAGCUGGCAUCUGAACAGGAGAAGAUCUCCCAGGCCAGGGAGGCAGCGCGUUCAGAGAGCAAGAAAGAGAAAGAAGAGCUCGCCCAGACUGUGACCAGCCUGUCUCAGAGAGUGGCUGAAUUGGAGGGUCUGCAGGAGAGGGGAGAGAGAGACCGGAACUCUCUCAAUGGCCAGCUGGAGGAAGCUUAUAAAAAGCUCACUGCACAGGAAAUGGACAGCAGCAAGGUAUGUGCGGAGCUACGUUUUCUGUUGAGCCAGGCCCAGCUAAAGAAAGAGGAUGCAGAGAGAGAGGUGAGGGACAUCAGCUCUAAACUGGGCCGCCAACUAGAACUGGUUGAGCAGGAAGUACAGAAGUUGGGUGUGGAGCUGAGCGGUUACCGGCAGCGUUUGGAGGAGGCCCAGAGGGCAGAGGGCCGAGCCCGGGCGGAGGCAGCCGGCCUGGCUGAGGGGCUAAGCCGCGCCCAGCGCCAACUGCACCUCACCAGGCAGGAGAAGGAGGCGGUAGAGCACUGCUGUGGCGAGGACAUGGCCGCUCUGACCUUCCAGGCACAGCGGCGCGAACGUGAGCUGACACAGACGCUCCAGCAAAUGGAAGCGCAGCACGAGAGGAGUGUCAGAGAAACAGACGCUUUGCUGAGUGCUCAGAACAGCCUGAUUGGGAAACUGAAGGAGGAGUGUCAGACACUUGGGGCAAAGCUGGAGGAGCUGGCCCAGAGCAGCAGAGCGGAGAUAGAGCAGUUGUCUCUGGAGAGAGAGCACCUGCAGGAGAGCGCUGAGAAACUGCGAGGUCGCUGUGAGGAGAUGGAGGAGCAGUGUGUGCAGCAUGGCAGGAUGCACCAGCGCAUGAAGCAGAGACUGCAGCAGCUGGACCAGCACUGUCAGGCCAGCUCUCAGCAGGUGCUGCAGCUCCUCAGCAGACAGAAGCAGCUCAUGCAGGAGCGCCAGCAGCUCGCGCAGGACAUGCACAACCUGCAAGUCCAGACAUGCUGAGCCACGGAGAUGCAGGUUCAAAUCAAUCCAUUUCAUAUCUUUAUCAGUUUCUUUUGUCAUAAUACUUUAUCUAUGUCUUUUGUUUCUUUUAUUAUUAACUUAUUGUAUAACACAUGUGCUGUUUAACUAUUGUUUAUAAAUUCUGAUUGUAUUAUAUUGUUAUUUAUUUAUUUCUCUCCUUUUUUAUGUUUUAUGCCUAAUAACAUGUCAAAGGGACUACCAAUUUACAUUCAUGAAUGUUGAAUGAAGUAUUGUUUUUUUUUUUUUUUUAAAGAAAUAGUAAAAAAAAAAAAAAAAAAAAUCUUGUCAUCUGUCCUCUUUCACUAUCUGUCUUAAAGCCAGUGGAGAAAAUUCAAAAACUGCAAACACUAAACUCAGUAUAGAAGAUAAAAAUGGCGUAAAAUCUUAAAAAAUAAGGUUAGCAUCGAAAAUUAUGUCAUAAAAAUUCUUUAAUAGCACAUUUGUUGUCCUUCCAUGUUAUCUGGCAGAGAGAAAGUCAAAACCAUAUAUAUAAAUAUAUAAUUAGUUUAUUGUGUGUGUGUGUGCAGAUAAUAUAUAUAUAUAUAUAUAUAAUAUAUAUAUAUUAUUUUUAACAAAACCCUGAGAAAAUCGUGUUUUUGUCAAAGACUUUGUCUGGAUCGGAUUCGGAAAGAUGUUCAAAACAUAGAUGGAGUAGAUUGAGUCCAUCAACACCCCCAAAGCUUGCUUUGAACAGUCCUAUACCUGUUCCUGUGUCGGCAUUUCAUUCUGUAACUUUCGGCAGUUUUUAUUUAUGUGUUCAUAGAUGCAAACUCCUCACCUUUCAGUGACAACUCACCUUUUUGAGAUCAAAAUAGGUCACCUAUGGGAUUCGCAUAGAUCCAAUGAGAAAGUGUCUUUAUGGGGUGGGAUGGGGGGUUGGUACUUGUGAACUUACAAGGGUAAAUAAAGAACUGGUUGUUUCAGAAACUACAGGGAAUAGUGAAGACAGAGAGAGGGCAAACAGUUUGCAGUUUAGCCCAGUAUUACCAUAGCACUUCAUCUUUUAUAACAUGAGAUUUUGACCAAUCUUGAUUUUGGUAAAAUGUUGCAAUUUUUUUUUUUUUUUUUUUUUUCUGUGAAAAAUUUGUAGUAUUAGUAUAGUGAUUGUUUAUGAUUUAAAGGGUUAGUUCACCCAAAAAUGAAAAUUAUGCCAUUAAUUACUCGCCCUCAUGUCGUUCCACACCCGUAAGACCUUUGUUCAUCUUCGGAACACAAAUUAAGAUAUUUUUGAUAAAAUUCGAUAGCUCAGUGAAGCCUCCAUUGACAGCAAGACAAUUAACACUUUCAAUGUCCGUAAAGACAUUUAAAACAGUCCAUGUGACUACAGUGGUUCAACCUUAAUGUCAUGAAGCGACGAGAAUACUUUUUGUGCGGCAAAAGAAAAAAGAAAAGAAAAUACCGAUUUUAUUCAACAAUUUCCUCUCUUCCGUAUUAGUCUCGUUCACGAGAGAACCAUGAAGUAUGCGUGUGGUGAUGCGAGAUGUAUCGUCUGAAUUAUCCAAACUAGAUGUUGUAAUACAGUUUUCUUAACGUCAUAUAGUGCAAAAUACCUGUAUUACAGAAAUCUGAUAAGAAUAAUUAAAUAAAAAAUUAAUUAAAAAAAAGUUAAAUAUCUGGAUGCACUGAGGUAAUGAGAAUUUUAGGUAGGAAUCUGCUUAAAUUGUCAUUAAAAAAAGGUCACAAUGUUUAAAAAAUGUGGUGGUCAUAAAAUAGGCUUUGUUUUAUUUACGCUGGCUAUAAUAUUGUUGAAUCUUGAUUUUGUAUUGAUUCUGCGAGAUUCACCCAUAGAGAGAGAGAGAAGCGCACACAAGCACCACAGCAGCUGGUAGCCAUGGCUGCACAUCACGCUAGACUAGGCACCCACAGAUGCUCAUCCAGAUUGCUGCUAGAGGCACGUCAGCAACAGACAGCGAAUCGCCGAAUGCUGACAUUCGUUGGAGAUUAUUGCAAAUGGAGUGAUGCUCCGCAAAGCGCCGGCGCUUUCGGCUCUGUUAAUACUACCAUGCUGUUGUUUUGUUAUUAGAAUGAGUUAGUAAUUCAGACUCUCCCUCUGAGCAUUUGUCUAAGAACACCCACAUGCUGCCUCGCUGACCGCCACACUGAAGCCUUCAGACUGCGAGAGAUGAUUAUACAAGGAAUUAUCGGAAAUAAACGAAAGCGUCAUGAGAUGGAAGACAGUGUGGUUCAUUCUUCUUCUUCGUCUGUUGAGAUGAUUAGUGGUUGUCAGCAGUGGUACAGUCAGUGAGUCUCAAUCAUAGUUGUCUUCUGUGUGUCAGUAUCUCCCCAGAUGCAUGUUGAGAAAAGAAUGGACACGUUGACUACGUGAGGGCCGUUUUCAUGGGGUCAUGUGAUCACUGCUGUUCCCAUAAGUUUACUUCAAUCAUUACGAGAUACAUUACACAUAUCCACAAAAUGAAAAGUAAUGAGUGGAGUACUUUGGUUUGAGUUAUAAGUCACAGUUCACUUAUUUUUUUUUAAAAAAGUAAAUAAAUAAAAAGCGUAAUCUUUAUUUUUGUACAACAGGGAUUUUUUUUUUUUUUAUUAUUACAGAGCACAAUCACUCAUAAAAGUAAAACAGCAUGAGGUUCAUGAGGGGUGAAUCUGUGCUUAAGUUUUUCUUCCCCUCUCAUUUUAUUUUUCAUAUAUUUUAUACCAAAACAGGGACCUUUAUUAUUAUUUAAUGUUUUUGUAUGACAGGGACAGAUUCAAUGGUGUUUUUUUUUUUUUUAAUACUUUUUGUAAACUGUAUUAAAAUGAUUUCCUAACAUCUGAACGUUGAUUGUAAAUUCAUCAGCAGGUUUUGAGGUGUGUAAUGAAUUGUCUGGAGCAAAUAAGUCAAACAGACACGACUCAACCCGAAGCAGAUUGACAGUGCUUUAUUUAAGCAGUCUGUAAGAAGGAAAAUAAUGUGCAUCCCUAUCAUAUACAUUUACGUGUAAAAAUACUAGGAUGUACAGUGUACAAAAACAGUUUCUUGCAGAUAAGCUUCCCGCAUCCGUGUGGGCCCUAUACUGUAUUUAAGGAAAUAAACUUUUUUUUUUUUUUUUUUUUAAAUAUGAUGGAUGGUUAUACAGUUCUUUAUUUUUAUUUUUUUUAAAUAUUUUUCUGUUAAUCCCUUCCAUGUAAAAUUCUUAACCACAUGACUAGUUCUUAACAUGGAUCUAAUGACAGAGCUAGCAAGGUCAAGAAAUGUCACAAACUCUAAAGCUACAUGGACAUAAAAUGUUUUUGUUUUUUUGUUGUUGUCGUUUUUUUAAGAUUUGUCUUUUAUUUUUAAAUAAAUACUUUACAAUUCA